AUGUUUAACGAAAGAACAUUCCUUAAAGAUGAUGAAACAAAGUAUAUACUACCAUCCGACAAGAAAGAAGUUGAAAGGGAAGCUAUUUCUUAUACGAUAAGAAAGCAUUUAUUUGGAGGAAACUAUUGUUCACCAGUAGAGAAAAAGUUGAAGGCGGGUUUUUGGGUGGUUGACAUGGGUUUGGAUUAUUCGUCUUCAACAUUCGUUGGAAUUGAUCUAGGUUCUACUCAAUUUCCUUCUGAUAAUAUGCAUCCUUCAAAUGUCGGUUUUCUUGCAUGCAAUAUAACUCAUGGAAUUCCAUUCCCUCCUGAAACUUUUGAUUAUGUUCAUUUGAGUAUGAUGUGUUGUGCUCUUACUGAAUCUCAAUGGUCUCAGUUAAUCAAAGAUAUGGUUAGAGUUUUAAAAUAUGAUGGUUGGAUUGAAAUAAUAGAAGGUGAUCCUUGGUUUAAAAAUAGUGGUAGAAUUGGAAAAUUGAUAUCUGAAACUUGUAUUAAUAUUAAUAUUCAAGCAAUGAUACCAAAGUUCUUCAAUUCAAUAAAUGAGCUUAGAGAUUUACAAUAUAUUGAUGUCGAAUAUCCAUUAGGCGAUUGGAGUGGAUGUCUUGGUAAAUUUGCAAUGGCUAAUAUUCGAAGAGCUUGCGAAGGAAUUGUUUAUAUUCAGAAACAUUUGGGUUUAUCCACUAAAGAAUAUGAUGAUUUAUUAUGUGAUUUUGAGAAAGAAGCAUAUGAAAAUAGAUCACUCGGAUUUUAUCAUAGAUACUUUGCUAGAAAAGCUCGUAUUGAUGACUCUUAUUAA